AUGCGCAAUGCAGUAGUGGCGUCCAUGAUGAGGAAGAUGAAGCACGUUUGUGCAGUGUGGACGCUCGUAUUGAUCAUAAGUACGGUGCGUUUAAGUGCUUCAGACUUGGAUUAUGGCGCAGCACUCGACAAGAGCUUGAUGUUCUUGGAGGCACAGAGGUCUGGAAAAUUACCGUUGCAGCAGCAGCGAGUGAAGUGGCGCGGCGAUUCUGCUCUCAAGGAUGGCUUUCAGCAAGGAGUAGACCUAGUGGGAGGAUACUAUGACGCCGGGGACAAUGUGAAAUUCGGGCUGCCAAUGGCAUUCAGCGCCACCAUGCUGGCCUGGGCGGCCGUAGAGUUCAGGAAAGAGAUCACAGACCUGAACCAAAUGGCCGCCACGCUGGGGGCCAUCAGCUGGGCCACCGACUACUUUCUCAAAGCUCAUCCUCAUCCCAAUGUUCUUUGGGGACAGGUAGGGGAUGGAGAUUCCGAUCAUUACUGCUGGGAACGUCCCGAAGACAUGAGCACAUCAAGGACUGCCUACAGGAUUGACGAACAACAUCCCGGCUCUGAUCUGGCCGCUGAAACUGCUGCCGCCUUCGCUGCUUCUGCUAUUGCUUUCCACCCUUACAACUCUUCUUACUCUUCUCUCCUCCUCCUCCAUGCAAAACGCUUGUUCACCUUCGCAGACACCUUCAGAGGUUCAUAUGAUGAUUCCAUUACGGUUGCUCAGCACUUUUAUGCUUCUUCCGGCUAUUCAGAUGAAUUGCUCUGGGCUGCCGCGUGGAUCCACAGGGCAACAGGAGAUGUCUACUAUCUCAACUACGUAGUGGACAAUGCUCAGUCCCUGGGAGGAACAGGAUGGGCUGUCACCGAGUUCUCUUGGGACAACAAAUAUGCCGGUCUCCAGAUCCUCCUCUCCCAUGUGGUUCUGGAAGGACAGGCUGGUCCUCAUGCCUCCAUUCUAAAGCAAUACCAGGCCAAGGCAGAUUACUUUGCUUGUGCUUGCUUGCAAAAGAAUGAUGGCUAUAACGUCCGAAGAACUCCAGGUGGCUUAAUGUACGUUCGGGAUUGGAACAAUAUGCAGUACGUAUCCUCUGCUUCAUUUCUGGUGGCUGUUUACUCCUCUUACCUGUCUUCUGCGAAAGCCGCCCUCCGCUGUCCCCAAGCCCAGAUUCAGCCUUCAGACCUCCUCGCUUUUGUCAAGUCUCAAGCUGACUAUAUGCUCGGUAAAAACCCCAAGAGCAUGAGCUACGUCAUCGGAUAUGGAGCAAAAUAUCCGGUUCACGUGCAUCACAGAGGAUCCUCCAUUCCUUCCAUCUUCGUUCUUCAUUCAGUGGUUGGGUGCGUGCAAGGCUUCGACGCUUGGUAUCGCCGGAGCGAAGCCAAUCCCAACGUCUUAUAUGGCGGCCUUGUGGGAGGACCUGAUCAAAACGAUGAGUUUUCAGACGAUAGAUCCAAUUAUGAACAAACUGAGCCCACUCUUUCUGCCUCUGCUCCUCUUGUGGGCAUCUUUGCUAAGCUUCACAGUUUGUACGGUAAUGCUAAUGCAGGUGGGCAAAUUGAACUGCUUCACUCAAUUACUUACUCAUGGAAUGAGGGGGAAAAAACGUAUUACCGUCACCAAGUAACAAUUAAGAACGCUUCCAAGAAGCCAAUCUCCAAUGUAAAGUUUGAGAUUGAAAAUCUAUCAGGCCCUCUGUGGGGUCUUUCUCCGACACAGGACAAGAAUGUGUAUGAACUUCCGCAGUGGCUUCAGGUCCUGAAUCCUGGCUCUCAAUGUAUAGCAGUUUAUAUCCAAGGUGGGCCCCAGGCUAGAUUCUCUGUUUUAAGCUUCCACUAA